AUCCACUGAAACAUUCUAAUCAUGUUGUCUACUUUUCACGUAAAAUAUUUUUAUAGACUUUCUUUAUUCAGUAAUAACAAUAAAUGAAUCAGUUCCUGAAUAAUUAUGGAAAAAUAGAGAGCAGUUUCCAUCAAUUGUCAACGAGAGAAGUUUGCCCCCUCUACUAUCCUUUAUUACAGCUGACAUUUUUAAAGAAAUGGCGUCCUUUAAGAAAAUAAAUACCAAAGUAUUUGCAAGAUCGGGAACUGAAUUAACCCCGGACAACAUAUAUUGGAAAAAGUAUACUGCUCCUGUUUUGGUUAAGGAAUUCGGACCUGUAGAUUAUAUUGAUUUUUCACCGGUGGAACCACAUUAUUUUGCUGUCACAUGUUCUGUAAGAGUACAAGUAUACAAUCCAAUUACAAAGCUAGUCAUAAAGAACCUUAGCAGAUUUAAGGAAGCUGCCUACGGCGGCUCUUUCCGCAGCGAUGGAAAAUUGCUUUGUGCUGGUGGUGAAGAAGCAGUUAUUAGACUCUUCGAUGUUAACACAAAAAGUCUCCUUCGACUUUUUUCUGGACAUAAAGCUGCCGUACACCGAACUUUCUUUACAGCCAACAAUCUAAACAUAGCUUCAUUUUCUGAUGAUAAAACGGUUGUUGUUUGGGAUAUACCCAGUGAAAAACAAGUUAUAUCAUUUCAUGAACACUCGGACUAUAUCAGGGCUGGUGCAGUUAGUCCUAUUUCCAAAGAUAUAUUAUUAUCUGGUGGUUACGAUAAACACAUCUAUAUGUACGAUACAAGAACAAACAAACAAAUUCUCAAUGUUAGCCAUGAAGCACCUGUUGAAAGUUUAUUAUUUUUACCAUCUGGUGGAAUAUUUUUGUCUGCAGGUGGAACAGAAAUUAGAGUAUGGGAUGCACUUGCUGGAGGAAGAUUACUUGCCAAAAUUGUGCAACAUCAUAAAACUGUAACAUGUUUGAAACUGGCUUCAAAUGGUCACAGAAUCUUAUCUGGCUCGUUGGAUAGACAUGUAAAAAUUUAUGAUGCUGGCACAUAUAAGACUGUUCAUUCAUUAGACUAUCCAAAUUCAGUUCUUAGCAUAGGAACCAGUUCGAAUGAUGAAACUAUAGUAGCCGGUAUGGUUGACGGAUUAAUUUCUGUCAGAAGAAGAGAAGAAGAUAUGAAGCAAGAGAAACCACAACGUAAAAAAGUGUCAUAUAGGCAUUCGGGUAAAAAUUUGCACACACCACAUGUAGACAUGGUAAUAAGUGAGGAUAUGAAAGAAAUCAUGUCUAAACACGAUACCUAUUUAAGAAAGUUUCAAUAUUCAAAAGCUUUGGACUGUGUCAUGAUGACUUAUGUUGUAAAUAAGGCACCACAUGUUACGGUUGCACUCAUGCAAGAACUUAUCAGAAGACAAGGUUUAAAACAAGCUCUUGCUGGUAGAAACGGCAAAUCUCUUGUAAAUAUCAUAAAAUUUUUAAAUAAACAUGUGGGAAAUGUUCAAUUUGGAAGAGUAUUAGUACAUGUGGCCAAUACUUUAAUGGAUGUUUACGAAGAUCGUUUGGAUGAACUUGGCCCAGAACCACGAAAGAUGUUUACUAUUUUAGCAUACAAAUUGGAAGAAGAAGAAAAUUUAAUAUUAGCUCUAUCAGAAUUGCAAGGAAAAUUACACAUAAUAUUAUCUGCUGCAGAAACUGUAGCUCCCGCAAUAGUCAAAGACAAUCUCGCAUUGGAACCAUCAACAGCAGCUCAGAAAAAUCUAAUUUUAAGUAUAGCAUAAUUAUAAUUCAUUAUAUUGUCGCAUCACGCAUGAUAGAAGAAUUUGUACAUAUUUUUCAUAUAUUUUUAAUGAAAUUAAAAUAUCAUGUAUCAUGUAUUUUCAUUCGCUAGAUUCUCUAAAUGAUAAGAUAAUAAAAAUUGAGUAUAAACAUUAAAAAGAUAAUAUGCAAUAGA